CCACCCAAACACAACAGUUCAGUUCAUACUUUCGUUUGACUCGGAACGGGAAAUUGUCGCAGAAUCUGUUUGUCCCAACUUAGUGCGCUAAUUUGAAACCGGAAAAAGUGUAUUCUUACUCAAGAAUUACAGUUUGAAAAAUUUUCUGAAUUCCUGACGACGAUUGUUUGCGAUUUUUGUGCAAUACAUAUUAAAUUGAAGCAAUAAAGUGUGCCAAGUAACCAAGGUUAUAAAAAAUUCGUCAAUUGAAAUCAACUGAAAGAAAUUUGUGCUUCGAGGUACUAAAAUAAAGGAAAGCAAAAGCGCAAUAUGUCAGCAUCACCAACUGCUCGUCAGGCUUUCAGCCAAGUCCUGCCAAGAACCAAAAAAAUAUUAAUCACCGACCCCAUUCAGAUGCCCGAAGUCUACUCAUCGACUCCCGGUGGUACCUUGUACUCGACUACACCUGGUGGUACCAAGCUUAUCUACGAGCGGGCAUUCCUCAAAGAUCUUAGAGCUUCUCCGCUGAGUCAGACCCCACCUUCCAAUUUGCCCAACUGUCUUCUGCGCGGUACACCACGUACACCAUUCCGAAAAUGUGUCCCUCCGCCAGCCGAUUUAGUAAAGAAAACGCAAUCACUGAAAAUAGAAGAUCAUGAACAGUUCCAGUUGGAAUUAUAAUUGAAUUAAAAUUUGGACUGCAGAGCGAAGACAUACUGCCAUGAACUCGAAAUUAAAUGCAGCUGUAGCAGAGAGAAAUUUAUCGAAGUAUUUUACAUACACACACACAUCUUCAACAUAUCGACAUCACCCACACCCAAAUGUACACACAGAACAUUUAAUUUAUAUUUUUUUUUAUAAUUCUUAAUUUUUGUACAUAAGAGCCAUAGAUAGUUAUGUCGGAAGUAAAAAUUAAGAAUCGGUCAUAUUGACCGCCUUGAGACAUUAAGGAUUAAUAAAUUGCGUCCUUUGUCCAUAUUUUAUGUGAUUUAAUUUUGAUCAUUAAUAUAUUAUUAAUUAUCUAGUUGUAGUAUGAAAAAGUAGCUAUAAGCAAAAUCUAUGGAUAAAAAACUAUUUGUAUGUAUGUACAUACUAUAUCUUAAACAAAAUACAUAGUUAUGUACUUGAACAUUUGUUGGUUUAAUAAAAAAAAAAAA